CCACCACCAGCGCCUUCGCAGCGCCUGAACUUGAGUUUGCAUCUGUUCUCACAGCUGUUGCUUCAGUCAAUGCCUCUGACAGUAUAGCAUUCUUCUUUCAACAUGGCUCCAUUCUCUUUUGCGCGCCAGGCGCAACCUUCCGCUCAGGCAAAUGGCGCAGCUCCAUCACUCUUCGGUAACACACGUGCAACGAACGGUUCUUCCUCUAGCGAUCCUUUGCAGCCUUUGCGCGCAAUGGCCGACCGAGUAGGAAAAGAGGUGGAGAAGUUCGCGGAACGGGUUGAUCACUGGCACACACACGGAAAAGACAAUUCUGCUGUCAAGCACCAGGCGACGGUUAAAAUGGUGGGCCAUUUCAGGGACGUUGCGGAAUCCCAGGUAAAGGAGUUGAAGCGCACGAGCGGUGCUGAGAACCAAGGAGCGCUGAACAAAAGCACGCGACGUCGGGUGCAGAACAUGGGAGAACCAAGUGGCCAAGGCUCCUUCGGACAAUCUUUCCAGUCGAUCGUCCCAUCUGUCGAAUCCAGCACAGCGCUUGACUCCACAAGCGUACAGGAAUUACGACAAUGGCAGGCCGAACUGGCAACUUGGGACCUCCUUCGCAUCAUCAUCGAUCACUACCACCCCGUACCCGGUAAAGAUGUUGAAGCAGAGAAACAAGCCCGACUGAAGAAGAUCGGAGGAAACAAGCGGUACAGUCCGAACAGCGAGAUCUGGGACCGUUUCCUGUUGGAAGAUGAUCAGGCAAAAGAGAAGGAUCUGAUUCUACGCUGGCUGGAGCAAACUGCACAGGACAGCGAGAGCGACAUCGAGUCAAUUACUGCGGUGCUGGAAGAGAAGUCUGGCAAGGGCGCCAAUACCUGGACCAGCGGGUGGCUGGAUACGAAGUCAAAAAUUAAGCAGGCGAAGCGCAUGGAAGGCUCAGACCGACCAUUGAAGCCCGAAAACACGAACUUGAAGACUGCAGAUCGAUCACAGCAACUGGUCACGCAACUAGACCCCGACGCGCCUUCGCGCCAGAAGCGUGUACUUGAGAAGUCGGACGAAUUUUACGAGAAAGCUCUCUGGUUGGUGUGCUACGAGAUGAUGCGCCGUGGAGUACCUUGGAAGGAGAUCUGCGAAUGGGCUCUGGAGAGGAACGAAGCAUGGCGCGGCGUGAGCAUAGGCGCAGCAUACGAGUCACAUACUCCGGGCAGUCCCAAUGUCGCCGGUGAUACAGUUGGGUACUUAUUCCGCCGUAUGUGCUUCUAUGCCGCCCAAGGUACUCGGCUACAAUAUGAGGGCGCAGUGUAUGGCCUACUGAGUGGAGAUCUCGGCAAAGUACGGGAGGUUGCUCGAACCUGGGAUGACCACCUAUACGCUCAUUACAACGCACUGCUACUGUCUCGAUUCGAUUCGUACCUGCAACGACAAUACUCGAGCCGAGUAACCCAGAGCCUCAGCCAAAGGUUCGUCUUCCAUGAUGCUGUCGCCAAUAUUGGGGACUGGUCAAACUCCCCUAGCAUAGUCAUCAACGCGUUGAAGCAACACAAGGCCUCGUCAGCCUUGGCAACUGCACCGAUCAAGCUCAUACAGGGCGCUCUAAUUGGUCAAUCACUGGAGGAGCUCGUUCACAUGGUUGGGGUCGCGCUGGCCGAAAUGCUGCAGAAUGAUGACCGACCUGGAAAUCUUAUGGUCCACCCAGAUUCACCAGAAAACGAUCGAGGACCAAAGGCCGCGUCUGGACAACCCACUGCCACAGCAGAUCGAUACUAUCAGACACUCGCCAGCGACCCACACGCCUUCCGUACCCUGGUACACGUCUUUAUUGCGCUCAGGGGCGGCUUGGAUAUGCUGAACACAGAAGACACGCAACGACGUUUGGCGAUGGACAACGUCAUCGCUGCUUAUAUCGAAUUCCUGCGUCUCAGCAAGCGCAUCCAGUUGAUCCCCUUGUAUGCAGCGCAACUACCGGAAUCACGGCAAGGCUACUGCCUGGCGCGUGUGCUCCCUGAUAUCAAGAAUCGCAACGAGCAAAGGAACUGCAUCGCUCUGCUUGACUUGUACAGAGUUGACACGGUUGAAGUGGUCUCGCAAAGCUUUACCCUUGCGUUCAAUCAUAGCGGGUUCAUUGACUUCGACGAGGAAGGUAACUCUGUAAUCACCAAACCGAUCAAGCGUUUCCAGCUCCUCGAGUCGACGGAGUCGAUGGAUCAGAACAAGAGGGUUUUGUGGCCUGGCCUGCGAAUCAAGCCUCAGUUCGACGGUAGCGAGGUGGAGCCCAAGGACGAGGGUAUCAUUGAUGCUGUCUAUUGGUACAACUAUCUCAAUGAGGAAACCGACGAGACGUUCGAGCACCUCAAAAACGCCUUGACAAUCUUCCUUCUCAAUGGUCGCCUCGCCGCUGCUGAGAAGAUGAUAGAGGAGGUCAAUGUUGAGUCGCUCUCUCUGUCUAGAACUGAGGCUCUUUGCGGGUAUCCGUUCGAUUUCAAUGAACCCGGUGCCGAAGAGCAAGACGAGCGCGCAUUACACGCUCAUCGCGAAACGCUCUCACGCGAAGCUCGAAGCAGACUGCCUGUGUCACGACUUCCCGAUGCUGAGCAACAUGAGCAGAUCGUGAACCACUUGAGAGUACGCAGCGCACCAUAUCACGACCUCCAGCAGAUCGUGCGCAUCGUCGCCAUGUUCCGCGACUGGCGUGAGAAAGAGCAGGAGCUCAUCGAUAACCGAACGCAACCUACCAAAGUAAACACCAAACCGGUCAAGGAGCUCCUUGAAAACAUCACUACUGUAUUCGAUAACCUCAUUCCCUCCCUCGGCGAAUCCUACGCUGCGGACACCCACUGGACGACCAGCCUGAAGCGCGCAUACGUUCCCGAAAUCAUCAUCACAUACCUCUCCGUUUUGCAAACUGCGUCCUUCCUCCUCCACCGCGAGACCGCCAUCAAGGCCAUGGAGAUUGCAAAUCUGGUCGCUGAUCCGGACGCGGAGUGGCUGCAAGAUCUGUUCCUGAAGACAGGCCGGAUGAGCGAGUUGGUGCAGACACUGGCAAAGGUCAGCCAGGCCAUGCUGAAUCUCAAUGAGUUCGAUGGCAAGAAGAAGGAGACUAAGAAGAGAGGGGGCAAGGGCGAGACGUUGAGGAUCUGGGAUUUGAAUGCCAACAGCCGGGUCUAGGAGGCUGGGUUACAAAGUGUUGGUGUGGCAAAGUGCAAAAUGGGAGAUGCAUUAUUGUCACGACAAGCGUUGCGCGGUCCUUCAGCAUUGGCGGAUUCAAAGACAUUGAGAAUCGAAC